AUGACCAAGUCUUCAAGCGAAGUUGGCGACGAAAAAUUCAAGCCCCACCAACAGAAAAUCUUGAAAUGGGCAGAUAAUGGGCAGUUGAUGAAGCAAUGUUCAAUGGUUUUGCUCUCACUUCCACAACACGGACAAAACAAAGAACCCGAGAAAAGGAAUACCGUGCCUCUCCAUGUUCUUAACCAUUCUAAGAAACUUACUCCGUACUCCCGACAUUAUGAAAGUUAUUUGACAAAUGGAUAUGUCGACAAGUUGAUAGAUUGGGUUCCAGGAAUGGAACAAAUCCGUUUACGGGAUCUUCCUGAACGGAUCUUAGCCACAAAACCCGAUGAUCCAUCGUUACAUUAUCUAGUCGAAGCAGCUCGGGUAGUCGAUAAAGUUUCGCACAUCAUCGUUCAUACUUUCGACGAAUUAGAAGAUAACCUCGUCAAAGAGCUUAAAUCCAUCUUUCCUCGGAUCUACACGGUCGGGCCUCAGCAGCUACUUCUGGACCAGAUAACAGGAAAAGAAACCAAGAUCUCAAAUUUCAACGGCUACAGUUUAUGGAAGGAAGAACCCGAGUGYGUCAAGUGGCUCGAGUCGAAGGAACCCAACUCGGUGGUUUACGUCAACUUUGGAAGUCUAGCCAUGAUGUGUUUACAAGAUCUUCUUGARCUCGGUUGGGGACUUGUGAACAGCAACCAUGAGUUUCUUUGGAUCAUCAGGACCGAUAUGRUUGAUGGUGGUUCAGCCGUUUUGCCAACAGAAUUCGUGGAGGCGAUCAAAGGGAAAGGUUUGAUUGCAAGUUGGUGUUUGCAAGAAGAGGUUCUGAACCACCCUGCGGUUGGCGGGUUCUUGACUCACGGUGGGUGGGGUUCGGUUAUCGAGAGCUUGUCGGCUGGGGUACCGAUGUUGUGUCGGCCGGUUUCCCACGACCAGCGGACUAAUUGCCGGCAACUGGUGAAGGGAUGGGAGGUUGGAAUGGAGAUUGAAGGUGAUGUGAAGAGAGAUGAAAUCGAGAAGCUUGUAAGGAUGUUAAUGGAGGGCAAGAAGAUGAGGAAGAAGUCGAUGGAGUGGAAGAAAAAGGCGGAAAUCGCGGCGGGUUUCAACGGGUCGUCGUCUUUGAAUAUCGAAAAUCUUGCUCGUGAAAUCACCCGGUUGUCGUAAAGCUAGAUUCCGGAUUCUAUCGAUGGAUGUGCGUUUUCGAAGUGAUUAUUGUUACUUGAAGAUUUGAAGUUAAAACUAGAUGAUCGUUUGA